AGUUUUCUAGUGUUUUUUUUUUUUUUUUUUUUUUUUUUUAAGGAAAGAUUAGGUCCAAAUUUCAACCGUGAUGGAGGGUAUUUUGGUCAUUUAAUAAAAAAAAGAGUAAUGAAAUUGAAACCACCUGCCCUCAUGAAUGGUUGAAAAGGAAUUUGACAGGGUUAAUUUUCAACCAAUUCUUGGCUGUGAAGCGAUUACUAAAAAUGGAAUUUCAAGAAAAUCGACCAGAACUAAAUUCCGUCCCAAUCAUCAACCAAACAUGUCAUGAAAUGGAAUCUCGAAUUCCAACUCUGUCGGAAUCCGCGAUUCCAUUUCUUAGCUGUGGUUUCGAACAUGUCUAUUAUUGUUUUGAUAUGGCUGCUCAUUGCACUACGACUUCAAACAAAACGAUGGAUCUUCUGUUUCCAGUGGAUUCUGAUACAAUUAAGUAAAUUUACUCUUCUACCCUCACAAACUACACUACACUACUAAUGUGACAAUUUAGAGAGUUUUUUGGGAAAAAGAUGGAUGAGAAGAAUCCUCAAUAUAUAUUAUACGUAAUACACAAGCUAGUUAUCAGCCUAAAUUACAUGUGCUUAUUUAUUAUCUUCACUUCAGGAAAUGAUGAGCCAUUUUUAUUAAAAAAAAAUGGUGAAUAAAGCAGUUAUUGCUAUCUGUGUAUCAGAAGGUGGAUUGAAGUUACCUAAUUUUCCCUUAUACAUACAUACAUACAUACAUGUUCAUAUCAGUUUAUCUUUCUUCUUUGUUAAACAUACUGAGAUUCUUCAGUUGCCAAAGCAGACAGAUUAAGGAGAAGCACAUCAAAAUGGUAAAUUCUUUUGGUAGCAAUUAACAAUUUUAAACAGUACAAAAUUCAAUUUUAAACAGAUCAAACACCCUCACUGGGUUUCUUUCUCUUUUUCUCCUCCAUUUAUCUUUUGUUUUGUUGGGUUUUUGAAUUAGAUCACCUACUCUGCACUUUAGGUGUCUGAUGAAAUUUCUUAAUUAAGUUAAAGAGUUGUUUUGCAGGUGAAAAUGUUGUUGGAUUGAAUUAUGUAGACAAAAGUAAAUAAUCACAAACCAAACCAAACCAAAUUAAAACUUUUUGAGCCAUUAAAGAUUCAAUUAGGGAAAGAUAAUUUGUUAUUUGUAAUUUUACUCAAUUAGAAACAGAAGUGUGUCUUGAAUCUUAAUCAAACGAAGAGGUGUUGUGAUUUCUUUGUGGGCCUGUUUGUGUCAUCGCCUCUCUUCUUAUUUCUGAGAUUCCAAGAAUAAAGAACACAAAGUCUUUGUUACGUUAGAAUGUUUUUUUUUUUUUUUUUUUUUUUUUUUUUUUUUUUUUUUGUAUUUGUAAUGUUCUCUGUUUCUAAAUCUCAUUGUGUUAUUCAUGUUGCAGGAGUUGUAUUUAUCAAAAGAUUUAGAUGUUUCUGAGAAAUGUUUUUAUUUAUUUAUUUUCAAGUAGGUGACAAAUGAGUGGUUAAAACAGGUUAUUACUGAUGCAUAGAGCCAUUGCGUAUAGAAACUAUACCCAUCGGUAUGUUUUUCAGCUAAUUAUACACCUAGUGAAAGUUGCACACAGUUGUAAGAGUUAAAAUUUUUAUCAUUUUAAAGCCAUUCAUUUAUUUCCCCUUGCAGCUUCUCAUAAGAUACAAUUUGGUUUUGUAUCUUAUUUUAUAGUGUGUCUUACAAGUUCAAUUGUAUACUAUAUAUGUGUGUGUGUGUGUGUGAAGUUCAUAAUUGCAUGUGAUACAGAGCAAGUGAAUCACUCUUCUGCACAAGCCAUAUUUUGUGUGCCACAGACAUUACAUAUUAUAAGUUUCCCCAGUUGAUAUUUAUAAAUGGUUAAAGUUGCUGAUGACUUUGACAUUGAGCUUUUUGUCAGAGAUUCCUUCUGAUACUGGUAUUAUGGUUAAUCAUUUUCUUAUCAAUUGCACUGAUAAGAAGAUUCUUUAUUGAAAUCAUAUGGUUAAUCAUUUUCUUAUUAGGACAUUCUGCUUUGAAAAUUCUACCCAAUUAUAUAUAGCACUGUACUUCCAUUUAUUUCUUAUUGCAACAUAACAUACUUUGAAAAAUCUGCCCAUUUAUAGAUAGCAUCACACUUUCAAUUUGUGUUCCAAGGCUACUACAAAUUUACACUUUUAGUUCCAUUGAAUCUCAAAUAUUAUAAGGGAGUUGGUUAUUGAUUCCAGCCUUCUUCUAUCCACUGGUUACAAAAGAUUAUAUGAGCCUACGACCCUGUUUGUGUAAUUCCAGAAAUACCCCUCUGUUCCUAAAACUUGUGCUUAUUUAUAUCAUCUUCAGGAAAUGAUGGGAUUAACAUACUUGAUGUCGAAUCAAUCAAAAAAAGAUGUGCUUUUAUUCAGUGAAUUGGGACAUUAGGGAAGGAAAUGUUAAAAACAAGUGGUCAAUAUAAAGAGAGGGUGUUUGUGUGUACUUUCUUAUCUCUGAUGAGGACCUCUUCAUUCAGCUGUGGUGCUUGAACAGACAUCUUAUUGCUGUUACCUUUUUUUUUAGCCAAACGAAUUAUGUUAAGAAAGUAAGGAUUUCAUCUCAUUCUUUCUGGUGGUGAUCUGUACAAGAAACGGGAUCAGUGGUCAAGCUUUUUGGAUUAUGAAGGCUGAGUCAUGGAUCCAGACGCUUUAAAACAGAGAAUAUUCUAUAGGGGCAAAAAGAGGUUUAUGCAUUCUUAGUGGGAUCUUAUUCAUACCAUUCAACAGUAUGUUGUCUCAGUUAAAAACAUUAGAGUACAUGACUAUCAAAAACCAAUUGCAGGUAAAUGACUAUUGUGCCCUCCAAGUUCUAUCACCCAAAUAUUAUAUUUAUUGCGAUUUAUAAAAAGGUUUACAGAAAUUAGAGAAAGGAAGGGUUUGAUUGAGAAAGAUGUGGUAUGAAAAUAACCAUACAGUUCAGAUGUGGUUUUUUUUUUUUUUUUUUUUUUUUAUUUAAGUAUUUUAUUUUUGUUUUUAAGGUAAUGAUAUAUUGUUGACUUACUCAUUCUACAACUUUGAUCUUGGUUAUUGACAGGUAACAUGCCACUAUUAUUAUUUAUAGAGUAAAUUACAAUUUCGUCCUUGUGAUAUUUCAAAACUUAUGGUUUUCAUCUAAGAUAUUUCAUUUGCUGUACAAUUGGUCAGUAAAGUAUAGUUUUGUUGAAAGUUUUCUCCAUGGUGGAACUGUUGGUGUUGCAAAAUGUUUGUGAAAUCCAAGUGAAAUAUGACUAUUUUGUCCCUCUCUUUUUUUAUCCUUCAUCCUGUAAACCUAAAAUUCCUCAACUUUAAUCUUAAACUCUAAUCAAACCAAUACCCAACAAUUAAGCUAAAACUAAAACAAAAUUAAGAUCCAAGGUACCAACAAAUUUAUUUAAAAAAACCAUGAACAGUAAACUAAAAAGAUUAAAGAUUGUUAGGUUAGAAUUAUUUUUAUUUUAUACUUUUGGAUCUUGAUUCUUCUUUAAUUUUUGGGUGUUGAUUGAAUUUGGUUUGAUUUUUAUGAUUUAAGAUGAAGGAGAUUUAGAAGAUGAAGAUAAGGGCAAAAAAAGUCAUUUUACUUUAUCUAAUUAGUCAUUUUACUUUGUGUUAUUUAUUUAUUUAUUUAUUAUACACACAAUAUUUUGCUAAUAAUUGAAAUAAAGAAUUUUUAUCUCACAAAACAUGAGUGAUCUCUCUCUCUCUCUCUCUCUCUCUCUCCAUUAUUAUUCAUCUUGAAAAAUGAUUCAUAAGCUUUCAGGUGUUUUAUUGGAAUGAUUAGGUCCAAAUUUCAACCGUGAUCAAAAAGGCAUGCACUCUCAACUCUUUCUUUGCGCUAUAAAAUGUCCUCCCUCUAUCUCAAUAUAUAACAAGGGUAUUUUGGUCUUUUAAUAAAGAGGGAGGAAUGAAUCAAAACUGGCAUUCCUUCUGCCUGCCCCUAUAAAUAAAUGGUUCAAGCCCAUCAAAUAUGAAAUACCAAGGAAUUUCACAAAGUUGCAUUCCGUCCGAAUUUUCAACCAAAGGCACCAUUCAAUGGAAUCUCGAAUUCCAAUCCCACCGGUAUCCACAAUUCCAGUUCCUAGCUGUGAUUAUCAAACAUGGAAUUUCAAGAAAUCCAACAUAAGUGUGUUCCAUCCAAAUUGUCAACCAAACACGUCAAGAAAUGGAAUCUCGAAUUCCAACUCUGCCAGAAUCCGCAAUUCCGUUUCUUAGCUGUGGUUUCUAACAUGUCUAUUAUUGUUUUGAUAGGGCAGCUGGUGGAACUACUCAACAGCCCAUUACACAACUGCUUUCUGUUUCUGUUGGAUUCUGAUCCAACUCAAAAGGCAAGUAAAUUUACUCUUCUACCCUCGCUAAUUAAAAAGUAUCACAUGGUUUCAGGGUAUUUGAAUACGAUAAAACAUUAAGGUUAUGGGAGGUGUUACGGACAAGGUAAUAAACCAAACUGUACUUUGCUGAUUACUAAAUAUACAUGUAAAAUGUCUAAUAAGGUAACAAUAAUAAAAAAAUCCUUUCCAUAUUGGCCUCAUAAGUUUGUAUGUUGCAACUGAAUGCUAUUUAGAUGCAAAGGUAUAUAACCUUCUAUUAAAACAUUAUACUUUCAUAAUCAAAUCUAUUAAGACACUGUAAUUUUAUUAUUUUUCCUAGUCACUCUACUUCCACAAACUAAACAUGUUUGUUUUUGGUUACUAGUUAUAGCAUUAUAGCUUUAAUUUUUUUUUUUUUUUAUCAAGACUUUAUUUUGAAAAUCUGAACUUGCUUGAUUUUGGUAAACAUAUAUAGCAUUUUAUAUUCAAAAUCUAACAUAAUUAAAUGUUGUAAUUUGUAUUUCCUUUUCUUAUUAAGACAACAAACUUUGCAAAUUUUUUACCUUUGAACUUUUUCUUAUUAAAACUUUACACUUGGAAAAUCUAAUAUUAUUAGACAUUAUACUUUUUUUCCUACAUAGAUAAUGUACUUUGGAAAUCUAGACAACUACAACAUAGUACUUUUAAUCUGGCCUAUUAAGAUAUUUUCUUCUAUUUUUUUUUCCUAUUAAGAAAAUGUUUUUUAAAAUCUAACCUAUAUAUAUACACACACACACACGAAAACACAAAUGAUUUGUGAAAACGAAAACAACCAUUAAGGAUGAGACGCAUGUAUAUUUGAAAUAAAAAUAAAUGUUGUAUUAAGAUAAUUUAAAAAUAUACUCGGAAGGGUAAAUUUGGAAUUUGCAUUAACCGCAUUAAAACUUUACACUGACUUUUAUACUUUGAAAAUCUAACAUAUUUAGACAUUUUACUUUUAUUUUUUCCCUACUUAGACACUAUACUUGAAAAAUCUAGACAAUUAUAACAUUGUAUUUUGAAUGUGUAGACAAUUGUAAAAUAUAGCUAUAAAGAUUUUUUUUUCUUAUAAUCUUUUACUAUUAAGCCAUUGUACUUUGAAAAUCUAAGCAUCUAUGAUUUAUGUUCCCAUCACUAACAUUAUACUUUCAAUUUUCUUUCAUAUUUCUGUAUAUCUUUUUUCAUAUUAAGACAAUGUGCUUUAUCUUAAAUAUUACUAUUUAAAUUAUAGUGUUAUACUGCUAAUAUCUAACAUAUUAAGACUCAUUUAAUAUUUCUUUAAAAAUCUCACCUAUUAAGACUUUGUAACUUUAAAAACUUCUACCAUUCAACCUUUUUCUUAUUAAAGCAAUACACUUUGAAAAUCUAAUAUUAUUAGGACAACAUUUUAUUUUUGAAAUAUAACAUAUUUAAAUGUUAUCUUUUAACUUUUUUUUUUCUUAUUAGGAUAAUACAUUUUGAAAACAUUGUACCUUUCAAGUUUUUUCUUGUUAAGACUAACCUCUUUGAAAAUCUAAGAUAUACUUUUAUGAACAGGUUUGCCACAUGAAUAAGGAAAGUCAAAGAUGGAGUUCUAAUGUUUGUCCAACAGUGAUAAGGAAAAUGAAUCGCUUUGGAAAGAAUAUGAGGGUCGCUGGAGCUGGCGCUGAAACUGUCAACUGGGGGCAAUUGGCCUUCUUGUGGCCCCUCUGGUUGCAGUGGAAACACAACAACUCAGACGUCUGGAUAACUGCUGCCGGAGCAGUGCAAUCCCUGCUAUAGUGUCCAGGCUUGCCGCACUUGUAGCAGCCUAAUGAUCCCAACCUGCAUGCCCCCUCGUGCGUCUUGCCGCAUUUCCUGCAGCGUCCCCGUUCCUGUUGCCGCAUUUCCUGACUGACCCUCUCCUGCCUUCCGUUUCCGGAUGUGCUCCAAGUCUAUCUCCCUCUCCCUUGCCCUGGCAAUCAUAGAGUCCAAGGUGAGGCAAGCUGAAAAACUAACGUGCUCCCGGAUAUCAGCCCGGAGCAUGUCGUGAUAGCGGGUCCUCCUCAUCGCCUGCAUACUGGGGCACCAGCAGUGCCCUCUCCCGGAACUUGGCGGUGAUCUCCGCCACAUUCUCUGUCGUCUGUCUCAUGUCCAAAAACUCCCUGGCCAGCUGCUGAAGCUCGACAGUCGGCGCAAACUCCGCCCUGAACCUGGUCACAAAAUCCGACCAGGUCAUAGUCUCGAUAGCUGAGGCUCCCAACGAGUCACCCACUGCCUCCCAACAAUCUCAAGCUCGGUCCCGUAAACAUCCUGUUGCAUACCACACCUUCGACCCGAGGGGCAGAAGCUAGUCAACUGUGCAGACUCGAUGUCUGCAAUCCAUCGCCUAGCAGCAAUGGGGUCUUUCACCCCGUGGAAAUCCGGUGCACCACUGCCCCUGAAGUCCUUAAAGGACAGCGUGCGAGGCCCCGACUGGCCAGAUGCCAUGUCGCUCCUGAACGCCCUAAAGUGAUCCUCCAUCAACUCGAUGAUCCUCUCCUUGAUCGACCCAAAGAUGAUGGGGGUCGACUCAAGGAUGCCUCUGGUAAUCUCUCUGACGCGAUGAACUCGCGUAGUCCCUCAUCGACUGGCUCGGAACCUGAUCCCGAACCUGACCCCUCUCCUAAACCGCCAUCUAUCGGCCUCGAACGUAGUACCACCAUUCUGUAAUACAGGAAUAAUAACUGUUAGUGAUACUAAUACUUCUUGAGGGAUCACAUCUACCACAAGUUCCCUGGUCUCAUCUUGGCCUCCCUUGGCUCGGGUACGGAUCCUCUGCUUUCAGUAGUACGGGCCCAUACUACCUUCAACAUCUAUCCGUAUCUUCUCGAAGAACUGCCUCGACUCCACCAGAUCCCUUCCACUACGGCUGAUCACUACUAUACUCAUCCUAGGCUUGCCCUAGAGAAAUCUCAGGCUCCACCCUACCAGGUCCUCAGCUGCUGAAGGCCUCUUAGUAGUGCCAAUUGACCAUUACCUGAAUACCAUCACAUGUGGUGAGACUCGGAUAAUCCUUCGAGUAACAGGUUCAUCCCUACAACGGUUAGACUCAAACGAGAGCUGUGUAAUAGGGCCAAAUCCAACACUCUAAGAUUAUUCAACCUUGAUCACAUGUGACGUGACGUAUUCACCUAAUGGCUAACUCCCACCACUCAGAGUCCCACAAAGCACAAAGCAACCAUCAUUCGAGCUAAGGGAACAAUUUCAAGCAAAUCUGCUCUCAUAGAGAAGAACUAAUCUAGCAUACAGAGCUAAACUCAUAGUAUCAGGCAUAACCUAACAGGCUAUCCUAUUGCUGUCUACUCGACUCUAUCAUGCAAUUUUUUUUUAUACAGCUAAAACACAUAAAGCAGGCACAUAAGGCAUCGUUCCUAGAUCCUUAGUCAUAUUCUAGCAUUCUGUUCUACAAAAGCUGAUAAAUAUAACAUAAACUUGUAUGGGUACUUUGGGGAAUACUUACUUGAGCUCGGCCGGUCGCGCACAUCACACACUUCGUUCUUUCUCAAAACUAUUUUCUCAUUUUUUUUUGAAAACAUUUUCCUUUAGAAAAUCUUUCAAUCCCUCGAUUUGAGUUCAGACACCCCCCGAAGGUGUGUCCGAAUCCCUCAAACCAAGGCUCUGAUACCAACUUGUAACGACCCAAUUUUCACGUCCAAAAAUUUUGUUUAUAAAUCAUUACUUGGAAAUCAUUAAUAAUUAAAACAUUGUAUAAUUAAACCAUUUUACAUUGAAAACCAAAUUGAAAUCCACAACAUUUAAACAACCAAAAUAUCAGAGUAUCAAUCCUAGAAUAAACUCAUAACUGCGGAAACAAAAGUGUGUGAUAUGCUGCUACCGAGCCUGCUCCUUCCCCUUGGCUGAAGAGGUACCUGAAACAACAACUAAAAAACGUAAGCACAAAGUUUAGUGAGUUCCCCCACUGUACCACAUACCAUAAUAAUCACAUAACAUACAUUUAUCGUCAGGCAUAUCUGGGUGCUCGACCUACCCCUUCGGUCCUUUGGACCGGAUGUUGCCUAGCAUACCUGGGUGCUGGCCUCCCCUUCGGUCCUCUCGACCGGAUACUGGAGACUACUUCUCCCCUCUACUACUACCACAUAACAUGUACCACAGUAUCAGAAUCUAUCUAGCAUGGCUGGGUAUAACUACCCCUUCGGCCCUAUUGACCGGAUGUCUUGGGACUAUCUCCCCUACUACCACUAACACAUAGCAUCACAUCAUACUAGCACAUAAGCAUGGAACAGGUAGUAGUAACCCUAGAUGAAUAUCACGGAGACAAUCAUCCACAUACAACUCCUACUGGUGGGCCGACAUUGUGGCCGUAGACCCACUGCUACUGGAAGGUAACUCACCCCGAAGUAGCUGCUGGUCUGGUCGGGAACUGACUGCCUACUGCUGCUGCUGCUCCGGAAAUCCUCCGGCUGCAACUCCCACAACAUACUCAAUCAAUCACUGCUAACUGUCCUUUGGGUAAAAUGACCAUUUUACCCCUGAUCAUGUCAUAAGUCAAAGUCAGAGUCAACUUUUAGUUGACCCGACUCGCCGAGUUGGCUCUCCAACUCGCCGAGUCCCUAUCCAAUCGAUUGCCCUGGAUCUCGUCCCUACUCGUCGAGUUAGACGUUGACUCGACGAGUUCUCCUUCUAAAUUGAGGUUCAAGUCCUUCAUCUUACUCGCCGAGUUGUAUGAACAACUCGCCGAGUUCAUCUUCAUCCGAAGAACACAUAUGCUGCGACUCGCCGAGUUGUAUGAACAACUCGCCGAGUUUGUUCUUGAUCUAAGGAGAUUGCCUUGAACUCGCCGAGUCAGGGCAUUGACUCGUCGAGUUCCUCCAUGGAUGAGUUUGGCUUCCAACUCACUGAGUCACACCCCGUGACUCACUACUCCCACUCAAACAACGAAAAGGGGACAAACUCGGAGACUCGCAAGCAGACUCGCCGAGUCAGAUGAACGACUCGCCGAGUUGUUACCAUGCAAUCACUAUAUGCUGGAUUCUGCUUGAAUCCAGCUUAUGCUAUCCACAGAACUGGGUUCCUAGAGCAUGAAUAACACGUAAAGUUUUAGGGUUCAAAAUGCACCAAAUGAGUAGAUCUAGGGUCUUUAUGUAAUAUGGGUCCGUAAAGGCAGUAGAUCUGAGCUCUUGGAGCUCAACCAUGCCUAGAUCUAGAGGCCAAUCAGCUUAUUACAAAUUAUAUUGCACAUGCAAGCUUGGGGAAGGGCUCAAGAAGGACUUUAAUGGAGUAACAAGCAUAGAAACAGAGGGAAAACGAGUUAUGCCUCCAAGAAAUUACUGAGAGAACACAAAGAUGCUUGACUUCCUUCCCUUCCUCUUGAUCUACUCCUCCUCCUUCUCAAAAUCUUCAAGAAAACACACAAAAGGCCUCAAACUCACAAGAACAAGGGGUUAGAACGUAUGGAGAGCUCCUGAGGGUGAAGGGGGCUGGCUUAGGGCGGAAAUGAGGGCUUAAAUAGGGUGCAAACCCCUGAAACUUAGGGUUUCAUCAAACAGCGGUGACUCGCCGAGUCCAGGAUAUGGACUCGCCGAGUCGCCAACUUAAACAUGUCCCGGGUCCCGUCUCUACUCGGCGAGUCGGACCUAUGACUCGCCGAGUCCAAGGCUAAAAAUGGAAAUUACUCAAAUAAGAUUUACGUACCAGGAACCAGGUGCUACAUAUAGAACAAACAGGUACAAUAUGAUAUUUGUUCCUUUCACUGCAAUAAACAAUCAUGAAAAGACAAUCAAUGUUGGAGUAGGACUAAUAUCAGAUGAAACAAUUGAAUCAUACUCUUGGUUAUUAGAAGCUUUUUUGUCAUCACAUAAGAAGAAACCAACAAUGAUUCUGUCAGACAUAGAUGUAGCAUUAUCUUCUUCAAUAGGAAAGGUGUUUCAAGGAUGUACUCACAGAUUAUGUAUGUGGCACAUAAUGUCAAAAAUGCCAUCAAAGAUUGACGCUGAUUUAGUUUCAAAUUCAGAUUUCAAGAAACGCAUAAAUCAACUAGUUUGGAAUAUGAAUAUUGAACCAUCAGAAUUUGAGAACAAAUGGGAUUUGAUGUUGAAUGAAUUUCAUUUGAAGGAUAAUAAAUGGUUGGCUGAUAUGUUCAACAAGAGAGAAAAAUGGAUUCCCUCAUAUUUCAGAGAUAUACCAAUGUCUUUUUCCUUCAACAUCUUCUCUGCAACUCUUUUGAGCAUGUCUUUUGACAAAUGGACAAUUUCUAGAAUCAUGUUGAACCAACGUAUUGCAAAAUUUACACAACCUCAUUUGUGUGUUAUACAUCUUAUUUUGAUGAAAAAUAUACAUUAUAUUGAAAUAUAUAUUAUUAGUUAUAACUUACACAUAAAUAUAUAUGCCACUAAUCUUCCGAAAUAUAUGUUAAGACUAUUUCAAAUCAUCAACUACAUAUUCAGAAUCAUUUUACUUAAAAAUAUUAAAUCUAAUGCGAUUGAAAAAUAUAAUAUUAGUUAUAACUUACACAUGUAUAUAUAUGCAACUAAUCUUCUGAAAUAUAUAAUAUUUUAUUACCUAGUAAAAUCUUUCAUUUAUUACUUAAAUCUAUUCAGAAUUAACAAUUAUAAAAAAUAUAAAUAUUCAUAAAUGCAGAAGUCAAAUCGACUUAAUUACAAUAAAUACAAACAAUCCUUUCAUAUAAAAAGCUUUUCAUCUAAUAGUAACUUUAUAUUUUAUAUUUAAAAAAAUGAAAAAAAAAAUAAUUACUAAAAAUAUAAUGUAAAAACUAUAAAUAAUAACAAGAUUAUAAUCUCAUUAUAACAUACAAAAAAAAUAUUUAUUUUAUUUAUAUCAAAUUAAUAAAAGAAGGUAAUAUAUACCGAUUUGUUUGAUAAAAUGCAAAAAAAAAUAAAUAAAUAAAUAAAAUUAAUUCAUAAGAAGAUAAGGAUUAUCAUCUUCAAUGUAUAGAUACCAUGAUUACCUAAAUCUACAACCGCCAUAAUAGACUAUAAUAUUUAUUGAAGCAAAUGAUGGCAGAAAAUUAAUUACCUACUCUACUAACUCCAAUUGUUACCGCUAUAUAUUCCUCCUCAACAUCACCAUAAACUUAAAGAAAAAAAAACUAUCCAUUGAUGGCUUCUGAAUCAUCGCUUUGGGUAGUUCGGAACUCCUCGGAUUAUCUUGAUCUUUACGACAUAUAUGGUAUGUUCUUUAUUGUUAAAAUCUUAUCCUAUUAAUACUUAUAUAAUCUUCUUUUCAAUCUUCAUUCAGGGUGGGAAAACAAAAAGUACUUCACAAUGAUGCUAAACCAUGGAGGUAGUUUCCACUACUACCCAAAUCGAGAUUACAUUGGAGGCAACAUUGACUAUAUAGACUUCAUCGAGGUUGAAACUUUCUCUGCAGAGGUAUUUCAUACCAUCUUAAGUUCUUUUGGUUAUGAUGUUGCGACAACAUAUGCAUACUCUUUAGUCUCGUUUGCUCCUUUAGACGUUGGUCUAAACAAGCUUGCUUAUUGGAAUGAUUUCUUGAACUUUGUCAAAAAAGUUAAAAUAGAUGGGUUUUUUUUUGUGUUCAACAAGUUUAUUUGGAGCAUAAUCAAACCACUGUUACAAACUUCUUCCCAAAAACAUUAAACUUUGCAACCAACAGUUAUAUGUGCACGAAACUCUAUUCAAUGGUUGCAUCAAAUCCAAAAAUUACUGUUUGGGAGGCUAGGAUCAUGCUUUUUGACGAAUUCAACUUUUGGAUAAAUGUUGACAAACUCAUUGAAGCUUUGGAUUACACAAAGUAUCAAGUGAAUCUUCUGGGUAAGUAGAUGAAGUUGCAAGGUGAAAAGGUGGGAAUUUGGGUUUUUGGGUUUUUAGAUUUAAGGAAAUGGUGUUAGUAUGAAUAUUUGGUCAUUUAUAUAAUAUGUUUAUGUGCUCUAACUUCUUUUGGGAUGACUGUAAUGGGGAUUGUAAUAUAUUUAUAAAUAUUAUCGAUGGUGGUUGUUAGUUUGUUAA